UCGGAAAGACGCUAGUGUUUUGCACGUGCACCACCACUCAAGCCGAAAGCUUGCUAAGCUCUUCCCUCGUCUCGGGAAGAAAGGAAGACGCAAAAACUCAAAAUUCUUUUUGUGUUUCGAAUUGAUUUGGAGAAGUACUUUGAUAGAACGAGAACAUGAAGAUUGUUCGCAAGGACCUCGUUCCAGGCGGACCCGGCAGCGUUAAGAUGAUACCGGUCGAUUCCGAUGAUCUAUGGUAUGCUUAUAAUUUGAUUGCUCCAGGAGACAUAGUUAUGGCUGUCACUGUUAGGAAAGUUCUGAGAGAAAGUGCUUCUGGUGGAAGAGAUGCAGAGCGUGUGAAACUGAAGUUAGAGAUAAAAGUUGAGGAGGUUGCUGAUUAUGACAAAGUAGGAGCUGUCUUGCGUAUACGUGGAAAGAAUAUCCUGGAGAAUGAAUAUGUAAAGAUAGGAGCAUUUCACACUUUGGAACUUGAGCUGCAGCGACCUUUUGUGUUAAGAAAGGAUGUCUGGGACUCAUUGGCCUUGCACGAACUCAAUCAAGCCUCUGAUCCUGCUGCAAGUGCUGAUCUAGCUGUGAUCUUAAUGCAAGAAGGAUUAGCACAUGUUCUCCUUGUUGGUAAAAGUAUGACAAUUACUCGCUCACGGAUAGAAACUUCAAUUCCUCGCAAGCAUGGACCUGCCAUUGCAGGUUAUGAGUCGGCUUUGAGUAAGUUCUUUGAGAAUGUAUUACAGGCUUUCUUGAAGCAUGUUGAUUUCAGUGUUGUCCGCUGUGCUGUGAUUGCAAGUCCAGGUUUCACAAAGGAUCAGUUUCAUCGUCACCUAUUGUUGGAGGCAGAAAGAAGACAGCUGAGAUCUAUUAUUGAAAACAAGUCACGGAUAAUUCUUGUGCAUACAAGCUCGGGUUACAAGCAUAGUUUGAGGGAGGUUCUGGAUGCUCCAAAUGUUAUGAAUAUGAUUAAAGAUACUCAAGCAGCACAAGAGGUCCGAGUUCUCCAAGAUUUCUUCGGCAUGCUUUCAAAUGAUCCAGAUCGUGCAUGCUAUGGACCAAAGCAUGUUGAAGUUGCUCAUGAACGAAUGGCUAUCCAAACCCUUUUGAUAACAGAUGAACUCUUCAGGAAUGCGGAUGUAGUAGCAAGGCAAAAGUAUGCCAAUUUGGUGAAAUCAGUGAAGGAUUCAGGGGGCACUGUUCAUAUUUUUUCUUCUUUGCAUGUUUCAGGAGAACAACUGGCACAAAUAACUGGGAUUGCUGCAAUCCUUCGUUUCCCUCUACCAGACCUAGACGACAUAGAGAUGUAAUGGAACACGUGAUCUGUUGGAAAUUAUCAGUCGUGUGUUGUAGAUCAUGGUUAGGUAUAAGUUAUGUACUGUUUUGGCCAAUGCUUUGUACACCUACACAAAUAACAAUUGUAACAUCUAGGGGAAAGCUGCAAAGGUGGAAGAUGCUUGAAGCUUUGAGGAUGAGUUUGUUUGCAUACAACGGAGUCUCUUAAUUUGUUUGACCAACGACUCCUUUUUAAAAUGUUACAAAUAUUCUUUAUAUCGUAUUGAGUAAAGUAUAUAUUUACUUUAA